GUUUUUUUAAAUCAUUGUUUGAUAUGUGGAUUUAGAUCUUAACUCAAAAUACACACUGAACAAUCAGUAGCAGAUAAUGCCGAUUGCAGCGGAAAAUGGAUAGUAUGUUAUUGACCGAGCUCUGCAUGUGCUCUUUGACACGUCCAUUGUCAAAGUCUCCGUUCUUGGAAAGAGUACAUAUGUUCUUCAACAUUUAUAGCUUUAAGGGAAACUCACAGAAAUUAUUAAUGUCUAUUUAUGUGUGUGCUUGUUUGAGCAUUCUCUGUGAAAAUGUGGUGUUCCAUUAAGCCGAAGGGAAUAGAUUAAUAAAACCUGAUCUUCGUCUCAUAAUAGCACCGUCUGAUUUCCGGAGGCAAACAUGGAGAACGAAAGCUACACACACAUGAGGUCAUUUGCGCCGAAAGAGAAUAUCAAACGUACAAAUAAGAAGUUGUUUGACAAAGGCAUUGGCGUUAAUAACCAACAUGCGUUGAAUGGAUGUGCUGUUCAAAUGAGUGAGUUUCCAGAAGAGGAUGAAGCGACAGAGACAUCACCAAUGCAGGAGAAUGCAAAUAAGGUUUCAAAUGUUCCCCAUCUUAUUUAUAGUAAUUAUCGACGUCAUGGCCAUUCGUCCAUACAAGUGAAAAUCUACAACUUCCUGGAAAGACCUACCGGUUGGAAAUGCUUUGCAUACCACUUUACAGUAUUUAUGAUGGUGUUGUUCUGCCUUAUUAGCAGUGUUCUCUCAACCAUAGAUGAUUAUUCGGACUAUGCAAACAGAGCCCUGUUCUGGAUGGAGAUAGUAUUGGUUGUAUUUUUCGGGGUCGAGUACGUAGUACGACUUUGGUCGGCAGGAUGUCGGAGCAAGUACAUGGGCAUUCGAGGACGAAUAAAGUUUGCUACAAAGCCGAUAUCAAUGAUAGAUUUUCUUGUGGUAGCAGCCUCUAUCAUAGUAUUCUUGAUUGGUUCCGAAGGUCAAGUGUUUGCUACGUCGGCAAUCAGGGGUGUCCGGUUUCUUCAGAUUCUCCGCAUGUUACACGUAGAUAGACAAGGUGGCACGUGGCGACUGCUCGGAUCUGUAAUAUAUCUACAUAGGCAGGAGUUAAUAACGACGUUGUACAUAGGAUUCCUCGGCCUUAUUUUCUCGUCCUACUUUGUCUACUUGGCUGAGCGGGAGAAAAACAGCCAAGAUUUCAGCAGCUAUGCAGAUGCGCUUUGGUGGGGAGUGAUCACAGUGAUGACAAUUGGUUACGGAGACAAGGUCCCAAGGACUUGGAUGGGGAAAAUUGUAGCCUCGUGUUUCGCUGUGUUUGCUAUAUCAUUCUUUGCUCUUCCAGCGGGUAUUUUAGGGUCCGGUUUUGCAUUAAAGGUACAGCAAAAGCAACGACAGAAACAUUUUAAUAGACAGAUUCCCGCAGCUGCUACUUUGAUUCAGUGCCUUUGGCGUUGUCACGCCGCGGAGCCAACAUCAAAAUCGGAGGCUACUUGGCGGAUUCAUAUCCACGAAUCGAAUUCUGACGAGACGGUUUUAGCCCGAAUGGCACGUCGAGCGUCUUUGACGAUUCGCAAGCGUCGCUUCAGUACUCGGCUUGACAACAGUUCCAUCAACAGCCACGUUGCGCGAGAAAGUGUUUCGUCGGGUAACUUUGACAAUGAAAAAACAGGAACCCCGAAAACCCAUCGUCGAGACAGCUUUUGGAGCCAUCGACCCAGCAUAAUCGGUUUCAACUUCGGCCGGGAUGACAACGAUGACACAGACGCCGAAUUCGAUGAACCUGAAAAAGUCGUCGUGCUUACAGAAGCACACAAAACAGCAAUACGAGUUCUUCGUAAAAUCAAGUACUUUGUGGCAAGACGAAAGUUUCAGCAAGCCCGGAAGCCGUAUGAUGUCCGAGAUGUAAUCGAGCAAUAUUCACAGGGCCAUUUAAACAUGAUGGUCCGCAUUAAGGAACUACAGAGGAGGAUAGAUCAGUCAUUAGGAAAACCUGGUAUUCUACAGUCUAAAAGCUGUAAAGAUCGUGAACGACAAACCAUAAGUGCACGAGUAAUGAGAAUAGAAAGUCAGGUGUUUAAGAUGGACCAAAAACUGGACCAAGUCCUUGUGCUUUUACACAGUAUGGUGAAGAAACGACAAAUCGUCAAUCAAGAAUCAAAAGAGGAAGAUGUGUGAUGAUAGCUCAUAUCCACAUAAUUCCCAUAACACAGGUUAAGAAGGAUUCAAUCUCAUAUGUGAAAACGGGCAAGACAAUGAAAAAGAAGAGUUGCAGGCUUAUGUCUGAACACAUGGGGGCAAAAGAGAAGACAAGUGAUGCAAUCUCAUGCAUGAAGAAGUGUUACUAUUUUCUCUCCCAAACCAUGUGGACACGUUAACACCAGAGACAGGAUUACUGUGAAGCAUUUAUAAUUCUACUAAAGUGUUGUUUUUUAACGUCAGUGCAGCUAAUGCAUGGACGAUAUAUAACGUUAUAGAAGAGAAGUUUAUACAUGCCACUUGAAUAGCAGAAUGUGUGUCAGAUUUUGUUCGUUAAAUGUAUUAAUAUAAAAGUACUAUGUUGUAAAAAGAUGAAGCAGUGUAAAUCUCCUGUAUUGCAACAGUGAUAAUAUGAUAUAAUGCGUUGGUAUUGGCAUUGCUUGAAUGGUGAAUAAGUGAUACUGAGAGAAGGUUUUUGGCUAACCAAAAUGUAAAUAAUAUAAGAGUCGAAUCCAACGUUUGAAUAGACAUAUGUGAUAAUAUAAAGUGAAUUGUGCGCUCUGUUAGUGCUGCUUUGAGUUUGAUUUUCGUGUAAAGGACAAGAACAUUUAACAUUAACCCUAUUCGCGUAUCGAAAUUGCAGAUAAAUCCUAUUUCGAAAAGACCAAGAACGAACCGUUGACAGCGUAUAUUAUAACAAUUCACUUCCAGGUAUGCGAGUUAAGACCAGUUAUGCUUCUUGCGCAAAUCGAUCCAACAUGGGAAAACGUUCGAAAACACAGACAAAGAAGCCAUUCGAAUUGAAUGAAGAGUGUUAGACCUUCACUGGGUAGUACCUAGAUUUACAAAGAACUUCAACAAGGUUGUUAUAUGUUUCAUAACACUUUUUGCUCAGUUGAUGUUUUGAUUAUGUGGUAAACUAAGGAUGAUGAUGAAGCUGUCAUAGCAAUCAAUAUACUUUUAUUACGACGUAAAACAAUUCCGAGAAAGGCAAAUGCCAGGAAGGUCAUAUUACGGAACAGCAAGACAUUCAUAUUAUUUUCAAUUGUUCUCUAAAAGACCGGAAGUAUUGACCGAAUUAAUGAUUACAGUGCACAAUGCAGAAACCUGCCAAGUAUACGAGCUUUGAACCAGAACAUAUGAUAUGUGGGAUAAGUACCUACAUCGACGUGUUUUUUAUAUAGCCUAACUUUUCCACUUUUUUGGUUAAUGAGCCUUAUCGGAAAAUAGGAUUACAUUUCAUUUGUAAAAUCUUAAUACUUGAUACCAGAAUACACAAGACACAAUAAAAAAUGGACAGAAAAGAUAGUGUCUAUAAAACGUGGAAUACCAUUUAAUAGGAUUUAUUCCUAAUGAUCUCAACAUCAGACGUGAUAAAUAACGAUUAUAAUACGAUAUGUUUGUGUUUAAUGUCUCUUCUAGUGAAAGCACAUGUUAUUAACUCAGCCUUUAAAAUGCCAUCAGCGGAUACAGAAAUUUACUAAGAUUACAUUUGUUAUAUGUAAUUAUUCGA